AUGUGGAACAGCAUUUACUUAUUGAUUGCCGGCCUAUGGCUGGUCAUAUCAUCUCCAGCAGUUGCUUCUGCUCCAGCAGUUGAGGGCGCUGUCGCCGUGGCUUCUUCGCCAGAAGGCAAGGCUGGUGAGCCCCAUUUGGCUGGCAUCUAUGUCAAAGAUGGCAAUGUCAAUGGACAGUUGAGAUUUUUGGCUUCCAGUCUGAGCAGCAGCAGCAGCAGCACUUCCAAUUCGGGCAUCAAUGCAGCAUUGAAUCAAUACAUUACCAAUAAGCAGGAUAUGCUCGAACAAUUGAGACCUACGACUUCUACGUCUAAUACAGGAACUAGCGCAGUGACAGGCACAAGCACAAGCACAUCACCAACAUCAACUGUUACAACCACAUCGAACGGUGCCAUCUAUGUUAAUCUCAAUGGUGGCUCUUCGUCCUCCUCCUCUUCGUCUUCAUCUGCCACAAAUGCGGCCAUCAGUGCGGCCAUUAAUGCCUCGCCAAUAGCUGAUCUUUUGCCACAAAUUGUGGCCGAUGGUGCCCUCCAGCGUCGUCGUCCAGCUGCCGGUGGCCUCAAUCGCCGCCGCGUCCAACCCAAUAGACGCCGUCGGGUGACCAAGCGUCGUGGCAAUGUCAAUGCCAAUCGUCGCCGUCGCGGCAACAAAAACAAACGUGGCAAAAAGAAGGGUCAGGCCCAGGUGAUGGUAGUUAGGCCCAAUCGCGGUUGA